AUGGGCGUACUUGAUGAUUUUGCACUUUCUGAUAAAGAAAAUGGUGACAAAGGAGAUAAUGAGAAGAAGAAGAAGAAGAAUAAAAAGAAAAAGGCGGACUUUAGGUUAGAAACUGAAGAAUGUAAUGACGGUGGAGGCAUAGGUAGUGAAGGUCCUGAUGAGUUGCAGAAUGAGAAUGGUGAUCUAGCAAUAGGAAUGGGAUCUAAUAGAAUUGCUGUCUUGCUGGAAAAUAAAACGGCAAAGGGUAAAACAACCAAGAGCAAAUUUGAUUUGGGUGCUGAAUACCGACAAAAAGAAGGGCUGAAAGCAUUUGGUGAAAGCCGUGCUCUGGGAAGUGUUGAGAAGGGAGAGGAGAGUAAGAAGAGGAAGAGACUGAAGGAUAGGAGUAUACAUUCAGAAGGCGAAGGACAAGGGCAUGAUUUUGAUGAUCCAGUUGGGAAAAUACAGUCAACCUUAGAUGUGAGAGAUUAUGAUGAGCUGCUAAUAGGGACAAAAGUUGAAGCAAUUGUGGAGGAUGAUGUUUUCAUGAAAAAUGAGAAUAAGAGGAAGAAAAAGAGUAAAACAAGAAAGGCUGAUCUAAGUGCAGGAGCUGGUACAGCUGUGACUUUGAAAAUGGACAGACAUUUAAAUUAUGAAACCAAAGGUAUGAAGGAGAAAGUCAAAUCAUUCCAGAAUGAAUUGAAAAAUCCGAAAGGAAGAACGGACAAGAAAAGAGUGAGCUUUUCGGGCAAGGAUGAAGUUUUCACAUUGCCUGAGGACAAGCUGAUAUGGGGUAAGUGGUUCUCUAAAGAAGAAGAUGAAAUGAUAAAAGCAGCUGUAUUUAAGUAUAUAGAGGCCAAUUGUUUAGGUGAAAAAGGUUUAGAGAUGGUCUUGAACUGCAAGUCAAACCCCAAGACUAGAAAAUGCUGGAACGAAAUAGGGAGUGCCUUACCACACAGGCCUCAAAAUAGUGUUUAUUAUCGUGCUCAGAAACUGUUUUGUGAGAAUCAAAGGCGUAAAUGGACUAAAGAAGAACUUGAUCUGUUUGGGAGUUCCAUAGGAAACACGGAAACAAGUGGAAGGCUGUGGCUCAAGAACUCGGGAGAUUUCAUAAUCAUGUUUGUAAUGCUUGGAAAAGAAUAA